AUGGACUUGGAGGCUCCGUCUUGGGCUCUCAAGCGGCGAGCAGACGGAUCAGGAACGGGGGGGCGCCCACAACGCAAGACGCGGAAGCUUGCCGACUUGGCGGGCAGCGAAAACCUCAAGUCCUUGGCGAAGUUGAUCGCGGUGCUCACGCGCCUCGCGCUGACCGGCGCGGCGGAGCUGAGGGGGCUGACGGGGGCAGAGGGCAUCACAUAUCGCGAUAGGGCGCAGGAGGCAAAAAAGGAUCCAGAGAAGUCAGAGGCUUUGGGGCUGCCCGAUCCGUGCAUCUUCAUGGCGGCGUUGAAGGCGCUGGCGAGCCUGGCGGAGAAGCUGUCCGAGACGGAGAAGGGG